AUGACUGAUGGUGCAGAGGCCAAUAUGGCCUCCACAGAGGAUAGUAAACUGGUGGAAGGGCAUCAGGCUAUGAAGCAGCCCAGCCUGAUUAAACAGCUUAGGUCCGUACUGGACCUCUAUCCUAAAGGACAAAUUCUAAAGGAGAUGAUCCAGAAUGCCGAGGAUGCUGGAGCAAGGGAGAUAAAGGUGUUGUAUGAAAACAGACAGUGUAACAAUGAAGCAGACUUGGCCAAGUUGAAGUAUGGACCACACCUAAAAGCACUGCAUGGUCCAGGUAUAUGUGUCUUCAAUGAUGCCAAGUUUACAGAGAAGGACUGGAAGGGAAUCCAAAUGAUUCAGUGUAGCAACAAGGAACAAGAUCGUCUCAAAGUUGGGCGCUAUGGACUGGGAUUCAAAUCUGUCUUUCAUGUUACAGAUUGGCUGUGUGUUGUAAGUGGUGAGUGGAUUCUUUUUAUCAAUCCUCAUGAGCAAAAAGAUGAAGUUUGUCUGCUGAAAAAAAUAACCAACUUGGACCAGAAAACAAAGGAGGUGGUUUUGUCACUAUUUGGAGAGACCUUUGAAUUUUCUGAAAUGUGUCUGCGAAAUGGGUACUAUAAUGGCACAUUGUUCUGGUUCCCACUGCGUCAACGUAAAUCUACAUUGUCAGAGGAAACCUAUACUGAACAAGAUGUAAUGGACCUGUUUAAAACGUUCACUGCUGAAGCCGAAAUAAGUCUUCUUUUUCUAAAGUCACUGGAAACAAUAUCUCUUUUUAAAAGAGUGAAUUCAAAUGUAGAGAAGUGUUUUGUAGCUCAGAUAGGGACACAGUUCUUACAGAAUAUCCGAGAGCAGCGGGAACAUUUUAAGUCAAGGCUUGAUGAAUUAAGAGACAAUUUGCCUUCAGAAUCCUGCCAUAGUACAUUGCACAUUUCAGUUGAAUGCACAGAACUAGAGUCCGGUGAACCUUCUCUGUCUACCUCUCAUGAGUGGCUGGUGGUAAAUUUGUACAAAGGAACAUCCAUGUCUGACCAGCUGAGACAUCUUUGUACUGACAGUGACCUCUCCUACUCGCCCUAUGUUGGGAUUGCCUACCCUCUGACAGACAUUGAUCAAAUCAAAGGACAUGUCUUUUGUUUCUUGCCAUUGCCUCUUACUUCAGAAAGUACUACUGGAUUGCCUGUACAUGUGAAUGGCUUCUUUGCUUUAACUCAAGAUCGUCGAGAAGUCAAGUGGGCUGCAGAUGGUGGAAAGCAAGACAAAUGGAAUGGAUGCCUUAUUUCAGAAGUGUUUCCAGAAGCCUAUAUUGUCCUGGUGGAGGAACUAAAGCAACUCUGCCAAAGACGAAACAAUCAUCCCGAUAUCAUCAAAUUAUUUUAUGGAUCAUUUCCUGAUCAUACAAAGGUUGUUGGUAUAUGGAAAUCUCUUUUGAAACCCUUCUAUCAUAAGCUGGUUCAAAAGAAGGUAUUUUUCAGUAAAGUCAGGGGAGGAACUUGGCUUCAUAAACAGGAUAUUAUUCUAGCUCUGUAUGAUGCAGACGUUAAACCUGAUAUCCAUCAGACCAUUUCAAAGACGUACAUAGACUACGAACAAAAUAUUGUUGAGCUGCCAGAUCACAUUGUGGAAAGAAGGAAAAAAAAAGGUUCAACAAGGGAUAACAAUCUGAGGGAGAUGACAGCAGAUACAUUUGUUGAACUUGUGAGAACUUGCUUUAGUAAGAACUUUCACUUUACUGCUGGUCGUCCAGUGGUUUUGCAAAAAUCAUCAACUACACUAGGAGAACAAUGGCUUAAAGACUUGUGGUCUUAUGCUAAGGAGCUUGAUGUGAACAUGCUGUCUUCAUUUGCAGACCUGCCUCUUGUACCUGACUACGGUGAUGAUAAAAUAACACUGCAUCCUUUGACAAACCAUUUCAUAGCAGAAUUUGUUCCUGGUUGUGACCCUCUUCCUGGUGAGAUAUCCCAGUGUAUGCAAAAACUAGGUGUUGUUGUUUUGCCACACGUACCUGAUUAUAUUCAACCACUGCUGCCUAUUGGUAGUAUCAUUCAGUUUCCCAAUCCACAGGGGGUCAUUAAGAUACUGGCUGGUGAUAUCUCACAGGAAAAGAUAGAACAUUUCAACAACACAGCAGAUGAUUCUUUGAAGGAAAGGUUUGUAGAUUAUGUAGUUACAUGCAAGGAGAUACUUCCAAAUGCAAAACAAACACUCAAGUAUUUGAAGUUGUUUAAAACUACAUCAUCACCAGAAAGAAAUAUGGCCAUAGCUGAAUUGAACCAAAUAGCAUCUGAUGAAACAAUCAACGUUACAUACCCAUCAGAAUAUUUAUGUGGGCAAUCGACAACAUCACGUGACUUGGCUUUACGACUAGGUGCAAAAGAGGUGUCCAUACACAUGAUUAUUUCCAAAGUACUAGACAUUAUGUCCAGCAGUAACAGAAAACUGUACAAUGAAAACAAUAUUCAAGAGUUUAUGAAGUUUAUUUUGGAUAAUAAUAACUUGUAUCUCAAGGAUACAAAAGUGAGGCAAAAGGCAAUGCAGGUUAAGUUUUUACCUUCAAGAAGCGGUGGCAAAUUACGAAGGGCUAAAGCAUUGUUUGAUCCAAGAAGUUCAUUUCUGCAGGAUCUCUUUUAUGGUGAGGACAAAUUUCCAAAUGAAAACUUCUGCCAGUCCAGUACACUAAAUGUGUUACAACAGCUUGGACUGAAAAACGACAAAGAUGUUACUUUGCAAGAUCUCUGUAAAUCAGCCUCAACAUCUGAACAUUUGCUUACUGAAAACCAUGAACCACAAAAGUUGAGAGAAAAGGGUAGAGCAAUGUUGAAAGAUUUGGAGACAUAUAGCAACCUGGAUAACACACUUUUGUCAAGGCAAUGGAUGCCAGUCCUGACGAACCGACCUUCAACAUAUCCUGACAAUCUUCCCUUUGCUGGAACAGGUCAGAGUUUUAUUGGCAAACCAAAGGAACUGUAUAAAUUAAAUGAUCUACCCUUAAUAGGUUCUAUAAGAUUGGUUACCACAGAAAACCUAUCCAACAAGAUGGCUACUUUAGUACAAAGUCCACCUGAAGAAUUGGUUCUGGAACAUUUAAAGAAUGUGACAGAUAUGUAUACUGCAGAUGAACAUCAGACAUACAUGUCACUAGUUACUGAAAUCUACAAAUAUCUUAAUAAACAUGCUGUUUCCAAAAAAGGGAUUAUCAAGUUGGCAACCAUGAAAGCAGUGUGGGCUGGAGAAGAUGCAGAAUUUGUCCAAGCAGAAAAAGUCUGGACAAACCAUUUGCUUUCAGAUAUUGAUCUAAGUCCAUACCGAUAUGCCUUACCAAAAUCUUUAAAAGGCUUUAAUGAUAUAUUUCAGAGUAUUGGUGCAUCAGAGAAACAAACGUCCACAGUUUUAAUGGCUGUUUUGCAUGAAAUUCAGCAAGAACAUGAAAGCCAUACCACUAGAAUGAGUGUGCCAAAUGACUUUUCACUGGUUAUGAAGGUGCUGGAUGUCCUCAAAAAAGAUGAAUCUGUUGAUAAGAAAAAAAUCCUUAUUCCAGUACAAAAUCGUGAAGGAUGUCUAUUAUUAAAAAAUGCUGAGGACUGCAUAUUCUGUGAAUCAUAUCACAAUACGUAUGAGGAGGAAGACUGGGACAUUGAUGAUGUUAAUUUAGCUAAUAUUUCUUCAGACCUAGCUAAAGACCUUGGUGUUCGUGUCUUGAAAAAUCCACUGAUGGAUGCUACAGAAGAAAUUGAUAUGAAUUUUGGCCAAAAAGAACCUUUGACCAGAAGGCUGAGAAACCUGUUACAUGAAUACACUGAUGGUUUUUCCGUUCCAAAAGAAAUAAUACAGAAUGCAGAUGAUGCAGGGGCCAGUGAAGUGAACUUUCUUUAUGAUGAAAGAGAAAAUUUAGAUGCAAGAACCAACCUCCUGAAUAAGGGAAUGGCUUCUAUACAAGGACCAGCAUUAUGGGCACAAAAUAAUGCCCAGUUUUCAAAUGAUGACUUUGACAACAUCACUAAACUUAGUGGAGAAACUAAAAAGGGUGAUUCUACAAAAAUUGGACGAUUUGGUUUGGGUUUCAAUGCUGUUUACAAUUUGACUGAUGUGCCAAGUUUCAUUAGUGGAAAUAACAUUGUCAUAUUUGAUCCCCAUGAGAGUUAUCUUGGUAAUCCAGGCAUGAAGGCAAAUCUCACAAUACAAAAAAAUAAAUCGAUGCUUCGUAAAAUGAAGGAUCAAUUCAAACCAUUUGAGGGUGUUUUUGGUUGCAAUGUUGUUUCAUCUACAGGAUACUCUGGUACAUUGUUUCGGUUUCCUCUUCGAACAGAAGAACAAGCAGAACAAAGCCAAAUCAGUGAUUUGUACUAUUCUCCAUCAGAAAUGAAACAAUUCCUCAGUGUCUUUGUAUCUGGUGCUGGAAACCUACUGCUCUUUUGUCAAAAUGUCAAAACUGUCAGAAUGUAUUAUUUGCCAAAAGACGAAUCUGAUGCUUCAAAGGCAACUCUUCUUGUAGAAGUAAAGAAAAGUGUAGAACACAUCAAUACUCACCUCUCUGUUUCAGUCCUGAAGUUUUUUUCAGAUGUCUGGGAAAAUAAAUGCACUCAGAAACCCAUAAGCACCAGUGAUGUUGUUUAUGAAAAUAUCAAGAUAUCUCUAUUUGUAUUUGAUUUAGCCCAAGACGUGUGUGGUAUUGCUCCAACAGUUAGUGAGAUUGAGUGGAUUGUUGCCUGGAUACUUGGAUGUAAGGAAUCGGCACAAAUGGUAAAGAGGAACAAAAUGAAAGGACUUUUGCCAAUUGCAGCUGCAGCUGUACCCUUUUGUGAAAAGCAAGGUCAGACCUUUUUACUUCCUUUGACAAACUGUCCUGAGGGAUUUUACAAGGAAGGUCAUCUGUUUUGUUUUUUACCUUUACCAAUUAGGAUUUCUUUGCCACUGCACAUAAAUGCUGCAUUUGCUUUGACACAUGAUAGAAAACAACUUUGUUCCAAAUCUGAAGAUGAAAAAUAUGUUUCAAAUGAAGCAGAGUGGAAUGAAGUACUUCAGUUAGAUGCAGUGACAUCAGCUGUGAUCAAAAUUCUGGAAGGUUUGAAAAGGAUAGAUAAUGUAGAUGCUGAUCAAUUCUACAAGUUAUGGCCAAGAAAUGAAAUGCUAAACGGGCCACAUUUCAAAAGAUUCCAUGAACUUAUUAUAAACGAAAAUCCCGCAAUUCUUCUAUACAGUGGCAAAUGGACAUCUUUCAAGAAUGUUUUGGUUUUAGACCCACAGUUGCGCUUUGCAGAUGAUGUUGGUCAGAUUGCUUUCAAUGCAUUUGAACACUUCUACAAUGGAGCAAUGACUGUUAUUGAUGUUCCUAAAGAAAUCAUUGAAAGUUUUACUGUUGCUGGUUUUGCCAAUCAAUUUAAGUCACACACUUUGAGCAUGGAUGCAUUUUAUGAAGAUUUCUUCUUUCCCAAUGUAAGUGACAGUUAUUGGCAUAUUGAGAACAGAAAUAUCUUGGUAAUUUUUGCAUUACAACACGGCAGUGCAAAAAUUAAAAACAUUCUCAAACAGACUCUGUGCAUACCAACAAGACCUUCAGGAACACUCAGACAGCCAAAAGAUCUGGUUCACCCAUAUGGAAAGACAGCAUGCCUGUUUAAUGAUUCUGAUGAAGUUUUUCCAUUGGUGUUAGAACAAGACAAUGACCAAAUUGGAUUUUGCUCUACAGACGUUCUUGCAGAACUUGUUGCUCUUGGUAUGCAAAAUGAAGAAUUGCAAUGGAGUGUUGUAUUUCAAAGGAUUCAAUCCAUAAGAACAUUAACACAUGGGAAAGGCAAUGAGGAGACAAUUGGUCGAUGCAAAAAUAUGUUGUAUUACCUUGGAGAAAAUCAAGCACAGAAAGGCUCCUUAAUUGCAGUGAACCGUUUUAAAAACUGCCCUGAUACAAUCAGAUUAAAAUUAAAACAUGAAUGGUUUCUGCCUAUCCUACAAAAGCCACAGGACUGGCCAAUGGCGUGGGCUGAGAGUGAUAACAAAGACAUGUUAGGAUAUCCCGAGUCAAUGUGUUUUGAAGAGUGUAAAUUGAUUGCUGGUUCUAACAAACUUAUCUUGGAUGCAACAUGGUUAGAACCGAGUUCAAAUAGACAUGUUCUCGAGUGGUUUGGUGUCCAACCCAAGGGAGCCAUUCCAGUGUCUGACAUUGCUGAGCAUCUGUUGACAACAUCCUUAACACAAGUCGAUACACUCACCACAGCUCAGUACAACAAGUUGACAGCCAUAUGCUCAGCUAUAUAUUUCCAUCUUAACAAUGUCUGUUCUUUGGAGAACAAAAGUGGAAAGGAUAUCAUAUUGGAAAAGUUACAUAAUAGACCAGUCAUCCUGCAGGGUAAAACAUUUGUCAGUCCUGAACAAUUGGCAUUUAAGCUGGAUUAUGUCUUGGAGCCUUAUUUAUACAAAGUCGAUAAAAGUGCUGAAAGACAGUAUAAGCAAUUUUUUCAGACAAUUGGUGUCAGAAAUUCUUUUCAGCCAAUAGAUGCUGCAAAUAUUAUGAAGAAGAUAGCAGAAGAAUGUGGAAGGAAUGCAUUAUCUGAACCACAGUUGCACUGUUUUUCUCAGUCAGCUUCUCUUUUGGUCUACUUAACAAAGAAAAAUGAACCUGGCUAUGUCACAAGUGAAUUUAAACCAUUAUAUCUGCCUGAUAAAAGGGGUGUUUUACAGCCAGUGUCUGAACUAUGCUUAGAUGAUUGCAAAUGGAUUGAUGAAAAGAAUUCUAUGAAGUUUUUACAUCAUAACAUGCCAUUGGAAGUUGCAGUAGCCUUUGGAGUUAAAACAAAACGACAGGAAGAUGUAAGGUCUCAUGCUGUGCUGUUUGGGGUUCAGUCUUUUGGUCAGCAUGAGACACUCACUAACAGGCUGAAACGAAUACUGGAAGGGUAUCCAUGUGACUCGUCUCUAAUGAAGGAACUCCUGCAAAAUGCAGAUGAUGCUGGUGCAUCAGAACUGAUGUUUAUUAAAGACUUCAGAACCCAUUCUACUGACAGAAUAUUUGAUGAUAGAUGGAAGCCACUGCAAGGGCCUGCUUUGUGUGUUUAUAACAACAGCUACUUUACACAGAAAGAUUUGAAUGGAAUACAGGAUUUGGGUAUGGGCAGCAAAGCAGGUGAUCCACUUAAAACAGGUCAGUAUGGAGUUGGAUUUAAUGCAGUGUACCAUCUGACAGAUGUUCCUACUUUUCUGACUGUUGGCCCACAAACUGAGGAAACACUUUGUGUCCUUGACCCAAACUGUCUAUAUACGCCCACUGCUGAGCCAGGUGUACCAGGAGCAAGAUUUAAUAACAUACCAGAACUACGCAAUUCAUAUAAAGAUGUAUUUUCUUGUUUUCUUGAUAGUAACAUUCAGCUGUUUCCACAAGGUACAUUGUUUCGAUUCCCCCUUCGUACGGCAGAAAUGGCCAGCAGUUCAUCUAUUUCAAAGCAAGAAAUAUCUACAAAGAAGAUUGAAGAAUUACUAGACUCAUUUAUGGUGGAUAUGGCUGAAUCACUCCUUUUUCUUCAUAAUAUAAGAAAGAUUACUGUAGCAUCCAUAAAUAGAAAUGGAGACAUUCACCAUGAACAUGUUGUUGAAGCAUCUGUUAGUAAUGAAGAUACGCAAAAACAACACAUGUUUUUUAACAAUCUGAGUGAGAAAGUUAAGAAGGCAAGAGCUGAGAACAAGGAACUGAUGUUUUUCAAUCAGGACCAGAUUUCUGUCAAUCUUAAAAUAAAACACUCUCGUGAAGAAGUCGAAGAAGAAUGGUUGGUUGUUCAUCAGUUUGGAUUUUCUACAAAUUGUGAUUUGCCAGAGGAAAUAGAUUCUGCCUGGAAAAGAGGGGACAUCAAGUUGUUACCCCGAGGUGGAGUUGCAGCACGUCUUGAUGAAUCACAAGCAAAAUGUAACAAGAAAGCAUUCUGUAUGCUCCCUCUGCCAAUAGAAACAGGCUUACCAGUUCACGUCAAUGGACAUUUUGCAUUGGACCAUGAAGCCAGGAGAAAUAUAUGGCAUGACAAAAGUGAUAUCCGAUCCUUAUGGAACAAGCAUAUGGUGAAAGCACUUAUUAUACCAGCAUAUCUUGCAGCUAUACAGCAUAUGCAGACCAUGUUUCCAAAUCCCCCAAACCCAGAGAGUGUUCAGCAGUUCAUCAGUAAAUACAACACAUUCUUUCCGGACAGCAAGAGAACCACUGAUGAUUUCUGGAAAUUGAUGGUAUUUGCUUUUUAUACAAACAUUCUUCAAGACUGCCUUACUCUUUUUCCAGUAGGCAAUACUGACAACGAUAACUAUGUUUUAAGCUGGGUGGCUGUGUUUGUUCAUAAGGGAUUUCCAGGGUUUUUUAACAACUUAGAAUCACACUUUGGAAACAACAAGCACGGUGUUGAAGGUCCAGGUGUCUCUGGAUCCCUUGGACAUGUUGGCAUGUAUAGUAAAUCCAAUACAGUGUCUAAAGAUUUAGGUGAUGCCAGUCACAAAAGACCACAGGCAAAAGCUACAAAACUGGCUGGUUUGCUGAAAAGAACUGGAAUGAAAGUCAUUGAAGCACCCAUGUGGAUUUAUGAAAAUUUCGGAGCUGCUGGCCUGGGUGACCAUGUCCAGUGUGUAAAUCCAGCAAAUGUCAUUACCUUCUUGCAGUCAUGCAGUCGAAAAGAGGAAGCAGACAGAUGCUUUGUUGGUGAACUACCCCAGAAAGUUGAUUGCUCUCCCUUCAAAAAAGACAAACAUUUUAAAUCUCAAAUAGUUGGUCUUCCACUGUGUUUGACAAACUCUGGUCACCUGAAUAUUUUCAACAGUGAAAAUCCAAUUCUUGUAACUACAUUCACAGAACUUAUAGGAGGGUCACCAGACAGGUGCCUUCAUAGGGACAUUGCACAAUUGUUUGUAAACUUCACACAGUGCCCAGCCUUGAAACAAAUGAAUAUCAAUGAUCUUUCAAUGUUACUAGGUGAAACUAUUAACCCAGUGAUAUUUAAAUGUGUUUCACCUGUUGAAUGGAACCCCAAACUUGAAAAUCACCCUACUGAAGUAUGGGUCAAUAAGCUAUGGGAAUUCCUUUCAAUUGAACUGCAGAAAGAGUUCACUGAAGGUCAUUUGUCAGUUUCAAGCUUUGGAACAUUAAAACAAUGGAACCUAUUGCCUAGUACAUUGACAAAAGAGGAGAAGGACAUGGCCAAUAGCACAUAUAUUAACCAGCUGCACCCUAUUGAGAAAGCUGAAUGUGUUAUAAAUCUCCAGAACUUGACAAACAGAAAGCUGGAUAAGGCUCUGAAGACUCUUGGUUUGCCUUGUUUUAAUUCAUCUCCAUUUCAAUUUAAUAUGGCCGAAUUUGCUUCAUCAAUUACUGCAAAGCCUCAAAAUGCAUUCAGUAUGCUUGUUGCUUUGUCAAGCCAUACAUAUAGCAAUAUGAUGGUAACUGUGGACAUUGGCUCUACUUUGUUAGAAUACUUUUCCAACAACUUGGAUGAUCUAAAAUCUAACAAACUACAGGUGAUCAAAAUGCUGAAAUCUUUGCCGUUCUUCGCCAAGCUCACAAACACAACCAUGUCUCUGGCAGAGAGCAGUAAUUCAGUAUUCAUAAGAGACAAUUAUCCACAUAUUCCUGGGGAUGGACUGGACGUGUGGUGUUUAAAUAAACAAAUGAACAUUUUCCAGUUCAGAAGUAGUCUAAAAGACCUGUACACAUUCCUGAACAUUGAUGAACUUUCUCCAGAAUGUUUUUAUAGCAAACAUCUGCUACCACAUUUUUGCUUUCUACCACGAGAAGCAAAGGCAGUUCACUUGAAGCACAUUAAAGACAAGCUAUUGCCUGCAAAAGCACGGACUCUAGACCAACGUCGUCUGAUAGGUGCACUGAAGACAUUACCUUUUAUUGAGAUGGCAGAUGGUAAGCUUUCCAAAGCAAAUGCAUUCUUCAGCAACAAAGAGAUAGUAUUCAAGAAAAUGUGUCCACCAGAAGCAUUUCCUCCUGCACCGUAUGGUGAUUGAUGAGUGGCAUGACUUUCUUGUAUAUGCCGGCAUGGUAGAGACAGUUUCUGUUGAACGUUUUGUUUGUUUUGCAAAAAAGGUUGAAACCUUGGCUAGAGAUGGAAUAACAAAAGAUGUCAAAGAGAAGUCUGAAAUACUUGUUGAAAAUUUAUUCAGACCA